GAUGGAUGAUCCCCCAGAGGGAGGGGGCGCUGUGGGUAUUACUCAGACAGGCGGUGCAUUAUCUGCUGUGUCCAUGAAGAAUGAGGAGCCCCUGACUGAGGGACAGCAGGGUUUCAGCACCUACUGUACACAACCAGAGAAGUUCAGGCCAGUGUCUCCAGUGCCCAGCUGUGUGUCCAUGAAGAGUAACUGGUCCAUGAGGGCGCCACCAACCUUCAGCAGUGGACCUCUACAGUCUGAUCCAUUACUACAGAAGACUACUCUGAGGUCAUUGUCUCCAGUACCUAGCUGUGUAUCCAUGAAGAGUAAUUGUUCCAUGAGAGAGCCCCCAACCUUCAGCAGUGGACCUCCACAGUCUGACUCAAAACCAGAGAUGCCCAGUCCAGUGUCUCCAGUGCCCAGCUGUGUGUCUGUGAGGGAACCCCCAACCAUCAGCAGUGGACCUCCACAGUCUGACUCAAAUAUGUUCAGGAACAUUCUAAACAACAGUCAAUCCAGGUGUGGUCUAUGUGAGCAGCUACUGAGUUCCCCAGUCAUCACCACCUGUGGACACAGUUUCUGCAGGCAGUGCAUCAGCAACUACUGGGCCCAGUCUGGUCCAUCAGGAGACUACAGCUGCCCCCAGUGCACACAGAGAUGCAGAACACAACCUGUUAUCAACCCUGACACAACCAUGGCACAACCCCUCCUGCAUUCACAUGGACCUAUAGCACAAACUCUUCCAUACACAAGCAUUGUGCAACCCAAUGUAUACCCCUCUGCGUAUAUUGCGCCUCGUAACCUAUACCUCUCUCAAGCCGCUGUACAAUCUACUGUAAACCCAUCUGCAACCAUGGUACAGCCUACUGUAAAUCCUAAUGCAAUCAUAAUGCAACCUUCUGCACACAUUUAUGCAUCCAAGGCACAACAUGCGCUAUACCAUUCUGCAACCGUGACACAACCCACUGCAAACCCAUCUGCAACCAUGCAAGAUCCCUACCUUUACCACCACAAUAAAAUGCUGGAUCUCCAUCUCUCCAGACCUCCAUCAUUGCCCCACGUGUCUCCAUACCAACAUACAUACCUGCAGCAGCAUCCUCUGUACUCAGAGAUGGGACAGGAUCGUCUAAAUCCACAUAUGCCUAUGGCACAGUCCUCUCCACAGCCUCCUGAAGUCAUUGCACAAUGUCCUCUAUAUCCACACUCGGAGAUGGGGGAGGGUCCUCUACAUCCUCACAAGCGUGCAGCACAGCCUUGUCCACAGCCUCCUUUAGUUCAGCACACAGCAGCCAGCAACCACGUCCUGACUGAUCAUGCUCCAGCUAAAAGGGCAAGACUAGCAGGCAACUGUGACCUCAAUAUUGUACUGAUGAGCCAUAAAGCCAAAAUGAAGAAGCGGUUUGAGAGUAUAUCUGAAGGCAUCAUAAGGCAGGGGACCCAAACACUACUGAACAAGAUCUACACAGAGCUCUACAUUACUGAAGGAGAGAGUGAAGACGUGAAUAACGAACAUGAAGUUUGGCAGGUAGAAGCAGCAUCCCGACCACAAACUACAGAUGACACAGCCAUCAACUGCAAUGACAUCUUCAAGCCAUUACCUGGACAGGAGGGACACAUAAGAACUGUCAUGACAAAGGGGAUAGCUGGCAUCGGAAAAACAGUCUCAGUGCAGAAGUUCAUCCUUGACUGGGCAGAGGAGAACGCUAAUCAGGAUGUGGAUUUCAUGUUUGUGCUUCCAUUUCGUGAGCUGAAUUUAGUCAAAGAUGCCCAAUGCAGUCUUCACAGGCUCCUGCUUGACUUCCACCCUGAGCUUAGUGUGUUGGACAAUAGUGAAUACAAAGAUUGCAACAUCAUAUUCAUCUUUGAUGGUCUGGAUGAGAGUCGACUUCAACUGGAUUUUCAAAAGAAUGACAAGGUUUCAGAUGUAACACAGUUGUCACCUGUGAAUGUGCUGAUGACGAGCCUCAUUCAAGGAGCCCUGCUUCCCUCGGCUCGAAUCUGGAUAACCUCCAGACCAGCUGCAGCCAAUCAGGUCCCUUCCCAGUGUGUGGACCUGGUGACAGAAGUACGCGGGUUCAGUGACCCACAGAAGGAAGAAUACUUCAGGAAGAGGAUCAAUGACCACAGUCUAGCCGACAGACUUAUCACACACAUUAAAGCAUCCAGAAGCCUCUUCAUUAUGUGCCACAUGCCAGUCUUCUGUUGGAUUGCUGCCAGUGUCCUUCAACAGAUACUGGACGAAGAAGAUGGGAGGGAAGCUCCUAAAACUCUGACAGAGAUGUUCAUCCACUUCUUGCUCAUCCAGACCACCAGGAAGAACCAGAAGUAUCAAGAGGAAACUGAAGCAGAUAGACAGAGGCUUCUUGAGUCCCACAAGAGUGUCAUUCUGAAACUGGCAGAGCUGGCCUUCACACACCUGGAGAAUGGCAAUCUCAUGUUCUAUGAAGACGACCUGAGCAAGUGUGGCAUUGAUGUCAGUGAAGCAUCAGUGUACUCUGGAAUGUGCACUGAGAUCUUCAAGGAGGAAUGUGUGUUUGAACACCAGAAGGUCUACUGCUUUGUCCAUUUGAGCAUCCAAGAGUUUCUGGCUGCUCUGCAUGUGUUCUCAUCUUACUUAAAUAAGAAUGUGGAGGUCUUGGGACAGUUUGUGAAAAGAAAUACCAGCAUAACAGCAUUGCCACUUGAUGAGCUGUUGAAGAGUGCAGUGAACAAAGCUUUGGAAAGCAAGAAUGGACAUCUUGAUUUGUUUGUUCGUUUCCUUCAUGGCAUUUCCCUCACGUCAAAUCAUGGACUCAUGCUUGGCCUCCUGACACACACCCACAGCAGCUCGGAGAGUGUGGCAAAAACAAUCAAGAACCUGAAGGUGAUGCAGAGACAAAACAUCUCCCCCGAAAGAUGCAUCAAUCUAUUCCACUGCCUGGUUGAAAUGCAUGACUCGUCUGUCCAUGAUGAAAUACAGGCUUACCUCAAGGCAGAGAAGGGAUCAGUCAAACAGCUUUCACUGGCCCACUGCUCUGCCUUGGCUCAUAUGCUUCUUAUGUCUGAUGAGGUGCUGGAUGAGUUUGAUCUGAAGAAAUACAAGACCACUGAUGAAGGUCGCAGGAGACUGGUCCCAGUUGUACGAUGCUGCAGAAAAGCAAUACUUUCUGGCUGGAAGCUAACAAAGACAUCCUGUGAGACUGUGGCCUCAACUCUGCAGUCUCCAAACUCCCCCUUAAGAGAGCUGGACCUGGGUCUGGCUGACCUGCAGAAUUCAUUACAGACGUUACUGUCUGCUCUUCAGAGUCCACACUGUAAACUGGAGACAUUGAGACUGUCUGGUUGUCAGCUCACUGAUAAAUCCUGUGAGGUUGUGGCCAAUGCUCUACAAUCAGCAAACACCCUGCUGGAGAUGGAUCUGAGUAACAAUGCCUUGGGAGAUUCUGGAGUUGAAUUCAUCUGUAAGGGACUGUCUAGUCCUCACUGUAAGCUGCAGACAUUAAGGCUCAACCGGUGUGACCUCUCCAAAGCCAGCUGUGACAUGAUGGCAUCAGUGCUGCAGUGGCCAUCUUCCCCUCUGCGAGAACUGGACAUGAGUGACAACGACCUGCAGGACGGAGGAGUGGAGCUGCUCUGUGUGGGACUGAGACAUCCACAAUGCAAACUAGAGACACUCAGGCUCAACCGGUGUGACCUCUCCAAAGCCAGCUGUGACAUGAUGGCAUCAGUGCUGCAGUGGCCAUCUUCCCCUCUGCGAGAACUGGACAUGAGUGACAACGACCUGCAGGACGGAGGAGUGGAGCUGCUCUGUGUGGGACUGAGACAUCCACAAUGCAAACUAGAGACACUCAGGCUCAACCGGUGUGACCUCUCCAAAGCCAGCUGUGACAUGAUGGCAUCAGUGCUGCAGUGGCCAUCUUCCCCUCUGCGAGAACUGGACAUGAGUGACAACGACCUGCAGGACGGAGGAGUGGAGCUGCUCUGUGUGGGACUGAGACAUCCACAAUGCAAACUAGAGACACUCAGAUUGUCUGUUUGUCAGAUCUCAUCCAAGGGUUGUUCUUUCCUGGCGUCUGCCCUCAAAUCAAACCCCUCCUACCUAAAGGAGCUUGAUCUUACCUACAAUCACCCAGGAAACUCAGGUGUCAGGGAACUCACAGACAGACUGAAUGAACCCAACUGUAAACUAGAGACUCUCAGGUUUGAUCAUGGAGGAGAAUAUAGAAUGAAACCAGGACCCAGAAAAUAUGCCUGUGAGCUGACACUGGACCCCAACACAGCAAACAGCUGCCUCUCUCUCUCUGAGGGGAACAGGAAGGUGACACAAGGGCAGCAGCAGCCGUAUCCUGACCACCCUGACAGAUUUGACCGCUGGUACCAGGUGCUGUGUAGAGAGGGUCUGACUGGACACUGCUACUGGGAGGCUGAGUGGAGUGAUGGUGUGGCUGAUAUAGCAGUGGCAUAUAAAAGUAUCCAGAGGAAAGGAGCGGGGGGUGAGAGCGGGUUUGGAUUGAAUGACAAGUCCUGGAGACUGAAGUGCAGUAGUAACAGUUACACUGUCUUUCACAAUAAUAAGAGUACUGAAAUACCCGCCCCCUCCCCCCACUCCAGCAGAGUAGGAGUGUACCUGGACUGGCCAGCAGGCACUCUGUCCUUCUACAGCGUCUCCUCUGACACACUCACCCACCUGCACACGUUCCACUCCACAUUCACUCAGCCCCUCUAUCCUGGGUUUUAUGUUACUUAUGGCUCCUCAGUGUCCCUGUGCCAGAUCACAUGAGCUCC